CGGCCAAUCCCUAAUCCCACACUGAAAAUUGUACAAAAAUUGUCCUCGAAACUGAUCGGGAACUGCCAAACGUUGUCCGUUCCCGGCAGUUGCCAUCUAAGUGCACUUUAUCCAAGGAGCGCUUUGUCCUAAGGCUGCCAUCCAUAACCGCUGGCGCGCUUCCCCGCCAUCGGCUGGGGUCGGCGGAUAUAGAGUUAUUUAUAUGUGAUCUACUGUAGUUUUGCUUUUAUUAGUCGCCGGGGAAGUCACAUCUUUGGACUAUUUACGGCAGUUGGUGAGUGAAUCACAGAAGUGUCAUUGGGAGGAAAGUGGUGGGCCGAUUUUGAAAGCCACAAACUUGGAGCGCAACAUUUUUCUUCUUGGCUUUAGAUUCAACGAUCUUUUUUUGGACGUUGAGUCACAUGUGUCUUCUUGCUUUCAGACACCGUCCCGCGCCGCACGCACUAGCCACGAAGUGUUGUCGACUGGUGGUGUUGUCACAGUGGAGAAUCACAAACCAUCCUUGAGUGAAAUUGACACGUCCGCAAACGAAAUUGGCAGCGAACCUGCGAAAGAGUAGCGCCUCCGCCCACACGCUGAAGACUUGCACCCAUUCCAUGCGACCCGCUGCCAUGCCCAUCCAGCAAGGCAUUGAUUUAGCGAAUGAAGUUGAUGAGAACACCAGUAAGGACGCAGCACUGGCGUAAGAUUAGGCUCCCCCAGAAAAAGGGCACGUCCGCUCUCGCCCUGGCUUUGUGUCGCGGAAGAUGUGUUCUUAUAUUGACUCCAUUGGGUAUUGCCAAAAAGGUGAUGCCUGUAUAUUUGCGCACAGCCCUGCGGAGCUAGCAAAUGGAGAUGAUCGGAGUAGUGGCCCGGAGACAUCCAAUGUCUAUGCGAAGGAAGCAGAGGUUGAAGAGGAUACACCUGGGCAGGUUGCUUCCGACAGCUCAUCUAUAGGACCCAGGAACUUUGACAAAGAUUUUCGGCCAUCCAAGCUGUGCAGAAUAUGGAUCCAGCACCCCUCGCAGUGCAGUGACAGCUGCACUUUUGCUCAUGGUCUGAUGGAGAUGGCAGGUGGCGUCAACAUGCACUUGGACAAGCUCGCUGCAGCAGGCUUGUUUGGCCGAAAGGCAGCUGCUGCGGUAGCCGAAUCCACGAUGCCGCCUGUGAUUCAGCCUGGCUUGGCACUUUUCACUGGACAGCGUGCGGCCAGUGGCAAAGGAUACAAGGGUUCGGGAGGCGCUGGUGCAGCUGUGCCAAAUGGCAAAGGCGACAGCUUCGGCCCUGAUUUUGCAGAGCUCAACCUUUUCAACGUGCGACCGUUUCCGGAUGCCUUGCGUCCGACAAAGCUUUGCGCGUUCUGGAUGCAGGAUCCAUGGAUGUGUCAAAAGGGCGAGCAGUGUACCUUCGCACAUGGCCUGCCAGAACUGCGUGCAGAUGUGGCAGAGCUGUCUGCUAGGAGUGUCAGCCGCUUCCACCACACAGGCUUCAAGCCAAAAGUCAUGUGCAAGAACAUUGCAAAGGGCCACUGCUACAAAGGCCUUGUUUGCACCUUCGCACACAGUAUGGAAGAGAUGGUCUGAGAACAGCGAUCUGGCAAAUGUGAAGCACUUUGAGCCACUCAUACCUGACAGCGACCGUGUUAUGUCCAGUCAAAAGAGAUGUGGCUUAUCGCAGACUCAUGUUCCAAGCAUUUGCGUUGCACUGCCAGUUCAAUUGGCAAACCGUUUAACCAGUGGAGCUAUCCAGUGGCCCAAGCAGAACUGGAACCAGAGGACAUGCAAUCUGGG